UUUGAUUUUAUUUAAUUUUAAACAAAACACGAUUUUAUUUGAGAGUGCUUUGCUGUGUCGUGCUGUGCAUCAAGGGGGGUGGGGCGAGGCACAAAUAAUCAAACCUUGCGGUUUCAUCAUAAAUUCCAGUGCUGAGAUCUUCACAAAAUUCCUUUGAAAUGCCCAUUCAAAGAACCUUCAUCAAAUGGAGUCAGCCUUUUUAUUUCAACCUCCUUGGACACUAUGCCGAAUGGUCAGCAUUUUGCUGUAUUUAACAGAACUUUCAAAAUGAAAUUUUGCCACUGUGUACUGGAGGUGUGAGUUAUACUCAUUACCCUCCUGAAACUUAUUUUCUGGAUUUAAAAUGCUAAUGAUUUUGUUUUUCAACUCAUUGAUUUGAACAUAUUACAGGCAAUUGCAAAGCCAAAUAAAAUUUUGUAAAUCUAAAAUAUGCUAUAUAUUUAUUUGUUGAAAUAUUUCGCUGAUUUUAUUAUCCCAUAAUUGAAUUGAGACAAAAAUAGUAAAAAUAUUAUAUAACUCUGACUUUGUAAGCUGUUAUUGAACAAGCUACUUUACUAAAAUAGCUAGAAAAUAAAGUUUGAAAUGGAAGCCCAAGACAAGAAAAAUGUGGAAUCCAAAAUUAAGUCAUCAAAGGGCAAAAAAGGACGUUUAGAACAAAUCAAGGCUAUCCAACCUGCUGACGACAUAAAUCAGAAUGAUGUUCAGAAAAGCGUCCUGUCUGUGGAAGCACCUGUUGGUACGGAGGACUCUGGCAUGGCUUUAAAGGCCUCCCAGUAUCAGGUCGAUGUAAAAAGAGGACCUGACGACCUCCUUAACAACAACAGUAGCAGCACCAUGAGCUUUCCAAUCGACAGUGUGGUGCUUGGGUUUGAUGCCGUAGAAGAUGAUGGCAGUGAUAGCAUGAAGAUGGAGGAUGAGGAGGAAGAGUCUGGGUUGGCCAGCAUUAGUGCCAGCAGCCACAGCCUGGCAAGCAUUUGUAGCAGCGCAGACGUGGAGGCCCUGCUUGCGGAGGCGGCCAGCGAGUGCUCGCCUGAAGCUCCUGCAAGCGACGCCACGUCUCGUGCGAACGGUGACCCUGUCGCUGGUGGCGAUGGUGCUACUACCUCCGUUGGGCCAGUGGCUGCGAGCGCUGAUCUCUCAGGCGCAGCAGUAGCUGGUGGACAACCAAGGCUCGACAACAAAGACUUAAGUUCCAGUGGAAAGGCCCAGCGUGAUGAUAAAGUAGACGGCAAUGUGGAGGCGGCGGCCACGCAUCGAGGAAGUGAGAUGGAGGGGUGUGGGGUGUCGGCACAGGAGGACACAGGCGGCGCCCUGCAGUGUUUGCUCACUGGACUGAGAGGGGUGACGCAGUCUGCUGCCGACAAUUUUGCUCUUCCGCAACGCGUCCACCAGAUCGCUGAAGUUUAUGCCCAGAAGCAAGAGUACGACGAGGCCAUUCGAUUCAUUGAGGCGGAACGUCUGUGGCUGCAGCGUGCGCUGCAAGGGCUGACCACCACGCUCCAAUGCUGGGAGGAUGCAAGGAAGGAGCUGGGAGAGGCAGCUCGGAGAAGUGGUGCGGGUGGAGCACCUGGCAGCUCUCUCCCGACUCUGCCGGAGAACGAAUUUGAGGGACUUCUUGCUGCGUGUCGAUCUCAUCGCCGAAUUCACAAUGCUGCAGAUACAAAGCAGGAAGAGACAUCUGGAGAAGCGUUGGAGGGAGUCGUGAGUUUGGAAACUGCCACCCAGUCCGCUGCCACGCAGUCCGCUGCCACCAUGGCCACCCAAGUGAGCGCAGACGCAACAAAAUCAAUAUCUUCGCCGUCUUCACCACCACAGCUGCUGGACGACAGCCCUCCUGGGUCUCUCCAGGAUGCAAUGGAGAGACCGGCUGUAACGGAGCCCAUUAACGGAGCUUGCAAAUCGCUGGACACCGAGAGAAUUUCGACGACCACCGAAGAGCAGAGGGUAGCGGUGGCGCAAGCGGCCGAGGGGUCCACCAGCCUCGCACACGUGAAUCACGUGGCAGCGUGGGACACGGAGCUUUUGGACGCACAAACAUCACCAAAGGUUCAAGGUCCUGCCGAGGACCAGAGGCCCUUGGAGUCGACGGUGAAAUCCACGGACCUCGGGAGCGCUCUUCAUGCACCCGGGGAAGUGACUGUGUCGAGUGUGGCGGCCGGGGCAGGAGCCGCCUCACAAAAACCGCUCCGCGACGGAAGUCCGCCCGCGUGUUUGGACGUGCGGUGCGGGGAAUUCGGCCACGUGAUGAGGAUCCCACCACCCGCGUACGCGCUGCAACCGGAAGAGGCUGACGAGGCUCGUGAAGUGCCACCGGAAGCACUGGCCACCGAGCCCAGUUUCCCAUCCCCGGCGGCAUCUGGAGAUGGAAUGGUAGAGACGGCUUGCGGUCGCGGUGAGAGUAGAGGCAGCCGAGUAGCUGGGGCCACCAUCGACAGCCUCACCGGGCCAAUGACAGGUGAAGAGGAGGACCCGGAGCGAGCGGAGGAGACGAAGGAGGAGCAGGAGGAGGAUGAAGAGGAGGGCAUGGAGGCCGAGGCGACGGCUAUGUGCACAUUGGCCACGAAUGGGAUGCGCUUGCAGGAGGGAGAUGAAAUGGCGGAACUGGACGAAGAAGCCAAGAGGAUCAAGAUCGAGCAGUGGGCACGUCCGCAGAACCUCACCUCCAUUCUGAAGAAGCGUGGGAGCGAAGGCUCUGUGAAGGACGGGGCGGACCGCGGCCGCACGAGGAGGCGCGUGCGGUUCUCCUACCCGGAUAACUCCGCAAUCGAGCCAGACACAGAGGAAGGUGGCGCCAGCUGCCUGCUACUGCUGCUGCUCAUGCUGGGUACUGUGUUGGUGAGCGUCCUGGGCACGGCCUUCUACUGCCACCUGUUCGCCGACAGCGACGUGGAGCGGACGUUGGGAGAUUCGGACGCGGCGGCAACGGCCCAGGCGUGCGCCGACUUCCGCGCGCAGACCAAGGCCUACUACGGCCGCGCGACUCGCUGCCUCUCGGCCACGGCCGAAGCUCUGCAGCAUUGCCUCUCGGCUGCGUCAGGGUGGCUCUCAUCGCACCUCAACGCGACGUCGGUUUGACAAAAACAACCAAACCCUUCCCACCCCCUCACCUAAACAACUUCGCGACGAAACCCACUGUUGGUCCCGUAUGGCUGCCACCAUGGCGACUGAUUCCUGCGCGAAUGGCUCGCGUGAAGAGCUCACGCACGCGCCGCCUCUGUUUUGCAGCCUCUUGGUGAGAUUUACAGCAAGCGGGGAGCACCAGCGUCACGGAGGGAUGUCAAUGUGAACAUGUUUAAAGCGCCUCGUGUGGGAGUGGAUGUCGACAUCAAACAGAGUGCUUUGUUGGUGUGCUCCAGAAGCACUUGUAGCAAGCGUGGACAUAAAUGGAGUUUUGGACGCAAAGUGUGAGGGAGGGGUGGAUGUAGUGAACCAGCAGUUGGGGAAGAAAGAUGGUAAAUACACAUGGAACUUAUGUUUUUCAGCCGUUCAACCACAACAACAACAAGAAACAAACAUUCUGAUUACAUUUUUAUACAUGUGUAAUUGAUGUGUUUUGGAUAUGUUUUAUUUUUGUUUAUUUAAUGAUGGUGUAACUGUGCAUCGUGGUUUGGUAGGAACUGUCCUGUUCUAUAUCAGCGGUGGGGGGGGGGGGGGGGGGGAAGAGCUAUGCGUGUGCUAUAUUGUUGCAGAGAGCCUCCUGGGAGCUGGAGAAAUGCUUUACGGGAGCGAUGUUGGAACACGAGUUAAAUCGUCACGAGUUCCGCAUUCUAGAUGGGGCACCUUGGGAGUUGCCCCUGUGACUCAAUUUUUAUAUUUAAUAGUUUUGUGAACCUUAAAUUUGCACGGUGCUGUCUUGGUUCCAGAAUAAUUCUUUAGAGAAGCCACGUGCAGGCCGUGAUAGUAAUUGCAAUCAUAGAUGGAUAAUACUACAUGUAUUAAAUAUGAUCAUUUUAUUAAGUAAUUUCUGAAAGUACUAUAUUAGAUUGUGUAGUAUUUUAUUCCUAAUCGUAAAGAUCAUGAGAUAAAUAUAAUUAAGGAAUAUUAUUGUUAUCAUCAGAGAAAUACCGCUAACAAUAAGACAUUGUUGAUUGGAAUCCAGUAUGUAAACAUGACAUUUUAAUUUACAAACAGAAUAAUCAAUAACUUUCCAAUUAUAGCAUUCCUGAUUUGAACAUUCACAUCAACCUUAUGGAAUGCAGUCAGGGUGGGUGGGAUGAGAGAACUAUCCACCAAAAUUGACGUAGCCAACGAAAGUGCAAGAGUGAGACAUUUUGUACAUCCAAUUCCAUGGGCCAAAGUGGGGCUGUGUACAGGAAGGUGCGUAGUAGUGUUAGCGUCUUGUGAGGACCCACCUUAAAGUCAGCGAGGAUCGCAAAACUUUCGUUCCCACAAACCCGGGGGGGAUGGGGGGGAGGAGCGGAGGGGGGGGCGACCAUUGCAAACGCUGGAAUAGGUUUCACUGCAGCGUAGGGCUCCCUAGCUGAGCAAGCCAUCCUGCAGAGUCCCAGACGCUAAACAUUCACACAAAACUGCACGUUGGUAAAUAAUGGUAAAUAAUAUUAAAUAAUAUAAAUUAAUAUUAUCGAACCACUCCUGGAUGAAGACCUCCCUGUGCCACACAUGUCGUAGGGCGCUGUUAAUAUCACAAAUUGGGUUGGUGAAGACGGGGAGCCAUAGACGUAGCCCUUAUGGUACAGUACAAUGGGUUUUCUUGCACUGCUCUCUGCUGACACCUUAGCCGCGUAGCAGCCUACAACGUCUGUAUUUAUGCAUGGUGGUGGUCACCCGUGGGGGGUUGUUUGGCCAUACUUCACCAUGCUGGUCCGUGUGGGUUGACGAAGGGGGGCGACGCCCUGGGCUGGUUCAUAGAUCACGUGCCCCCUGAUCUUAGCUGUUGGCCAGGAAUCCCUCCUCGGGUUGCCAGCUUCGUAGCGCGGUGCGUGAACCACCGCGCCAACCAAAACAUGCACCGGUAUUGGACUUUUAAUUGAUUUAAAAUAACAACCCUUAAAGCAAGCUUGGUCAACGAUAAGUGUGACCUUAGGAAUUAUUGUGUGAUAAAAUGAAUGGAAUUUUGGGAGAUUUUGAUCGCAGUCCGUUUUAAAUUUUGAUCGAUAUAUCUUAUAUACACACACACAUACACACAAUGUGUAUACAUUUAUACACAUCCACUGUGUAUACAGAACAUAAUAGCUGCAAAUGAAAAUGUGUGUGUAUAUGUAUAUCGUAUGUAGUAGUACAAUUAAAACCGAUUAAAUUGGAAUAUUAUCUUGAGCUGCAACAAAGGAGUGCCCCAUUUCCUUGGGCAUUCCUCAGAUAUUUUUGGUUUUCUGAGCCCUCUGCAUAGUUGCUGAAAUAUAAAAACUAAAACUGAAUCAUAUUGCACACAGUUGUGGUAAUGUCCAAAACAAAUAUGUUCAUGACACAUUGACCCAUUUAGCUGCUGGGACAUUGUUCACGUUUUUAAAGAUAACUUAAGAAAUAUAUAUUACAAAAAGGACAAGCUUACACAAUCUCUUCCCGAAAAACAUUUGUUUUCUCCUUCCAUGUCAGGAACACGUUUAGGUGUCUCUAGCAGUGCUGUACUAAGCAGUAGAGUUGUAACAAUUUUGAACCGUUUCACAACCCCUGAAAUGAAUUGGAUGAAUUGUUACGAUACGGAGUCACGAUGCGAUUCUAAUUAUUAUUAUUUUUUUUACACGGCCGGUGAAUGUAGCUGCCACUAGUUGUAACAAUGGCUCCGUUACGUACAAAACGUUUCUAAAUAUAAAUUGUUACGGGCGUGAAUCGAUUAUAACGGUUGCAUCCGGUGCAUUGUCACAACCCCGGUUGAGUCACUUCUUGCCAAGUUUCAUCAGGAUGGGUCCCAUUUAAUGAUGGAUUUGGUACCGAUCACGUGGUGGAUCUGAAUAUCAAUCCAGUUAUCUGCAAGUUCACUUGAAAAACACUUCCCUACCGUGUUCAAUAAAGCUCCUUUAUUUUAAUAAUAAGAAUACAUGUUGACUGCUCGCGAGCAUCUCCAGCAAUGAUGCUUUUGCAUUGAAGUUAAUUUGAGAUAAUUAAAGCAAAUUUUAGAGUACUGUAUUUUUACAUUUUAGAUAAUGGUCCUUUGUGAAAACCAUUGACCUGAAGAAUUUAUUUUCUGCGCAAGGCAUUGUGAGUGAAAAUGUUAGGUGUUUUAGGUCUGCUUCUCCACUACCAGUAGAUCAUUAAGAAAAUGCAAACUGCUGUAUCCAUCAGCCAGCUCCUACACGAGAUCGUCAGUUUCUGUUAACGAGCAGAGCCUUUUUUUUGCACCCCCUUGAUUAUCCCAGGUUGUUAAACAUGAAAGCACGAACAGUCCUCGGUUUACGUACUCUGUUCUGCAGCUGCCUCUCAGCUACAGCCGAAUUAAGAUGCCAAUUAAGGCCACCUGAACUAGGGACAGUUUAUCUGUCGCUGAUUUUCACUUGGUGGUGGGGGGAAGCGGAGCUAUUUUUUUUCUCUGAAAAUGUGGCUUUUACUCGGCUCACUUUGUGGUGUCCAGUCAAUCUUUUAUUUUCAGAAAUGACCUUUAGGGUCGUUGAAGAGAUUAUAAAAGCACGUGCAACUAUUAAUUGUGAACAAUGGAGAUGUUUGAUCACGUACAACCAGAACCAACUUGAGUCUCGUGUGGGACAUUGAACAUCAAUCUAAAACGUAAACCCCUCAACCGGUACCGUAACACCUAAAACCAGCAAAUGUGGUAAGAUGCCUAAAAAUACACAAUUGUAAAAUAGCGUGGAGUGCGAUGUGGGGAGAAGUGUACAGUGUAAGUGUUCAGGGAUUAAUUUCUCUCCACGGUCACGGUGCUACUGGCGGAUAUAAAAAGCCCCUUCGAAAUGUAUGUUGUGCCCCAAAGGGAGGAUCGACUCCCAGGCCAUGUUUAGGCAAGACCCUUUGAUAAGCAUGUUUGUGGAUUUAUCAUUUAUGGCUUGGUGAUGCACUUCGCGUCCUUGUGCAGGUUUUUAUAUAUUUAUUUGUGUGUACCGCUUGGAUGGAUGUUUGCUAACGCUGGCCCGGUUAGAAUGUGGGCAGCUGCGGUCCAGAUACUUAAUCGUACUGCUAGACGUUGGCGACACCUUGUGGGAUUAAUCAGUGCUGCGUCCACCGCACCCUGUACUGUGGCCGUUUCACUGGAGGGUUUUGUGAACAUGUGGGUGGUAUUGUUGGUAUGGCAUUAAGCGCACAAUUAGAAGGUUGAGAGUUAAACAUCUUCGUCAGAUGGUUGAUAAAUUGAUAACCACUUUGUGGAAAGUCAAUUAAAGUAAUUUUUAUUUUUUACUAAACGUGAGCAGUGUAGAUGAAUGCCACCCAGUUGAGUACGGGACACUUUAACUGCUUGUCAGUAAAUACAUCACAUAGCAUGUCUUAUUUUACUUUUUACAAUUAGUCACUUUUUAGAUCACAUGUGUAAAAUGUUUAAAAAACUCGACACGAAUAAAUUCCCAUAUUCUAAAAUCAUAUAAUGCAUGACAUUAGUGAAUGAAUUGAGGUGCCACUCCCCUCCGUGCUUGCUAAACACAGCGCACAAAUAUUACAGCAAGAAAACGGAUCGUGGUCGCGCACGUGCAACUGCUCAUGGUUGCACCGAGGCAUUUGCCCAGAUGAACUUUGGGGGUUGUGUGUUAUUGUGAUCAGCCGUGUCGCUAGUCUCUACACUGCAACUUAAACUUAACAGGGAGCUAAGUUGCUGCACUUUGUGAGUCGUAACGUUUCCAGAUAACGCGAGUGUAUGUGGUGUGUUCACAUUGUAUUUAUUAUAAAUAUGAGCGAACGUCUUUAAAACACACGCACUCUUAUUGUACAUUACUUGCUGGAUCUUACUGCCGAACGCAUAUUGUAGUUAUUAAAAUUAAAGGACUACCCACCAUAUAGUGCAUUAGCUGAUAUAUAUAUGUUUCAGGCAAUUUGUAAUAUCUGCUUAAUUUAAUAUAUAUUUCUCAAUAUAACACUCCCUGGUGUAUAUAAAUGUAUAAAUAGGGAGUUUUGCGUGUUGCAAUGAGCAUAUAUUUAGGUAGAAAUAAUUAAUGUAAUGUACAGAGCCAAUCUAGAUGACACAACAUCAAAUGCAUAGACAUACAUUGUAGUGUAACAAAAUGUAAUUUUGCAUAGUUCCACUUGCAAUGUUGUUGCCACCUACAAAGGCGAAAUGAAAACGAUGUUUGUUUGAUUUACUCAUGGCAGUUUUAAACGAUCGCGUGGGAAUGCCACCACUGGCUUGGAGCCACCAAUAGAGAUGACGGAUGCCCUCUUGCUCACUUGAGUCGUAGACAUUUUGACUGUACGGGUUAUAUAAUAGAAAUUGACUUAAAGCAGUGUCUUGGUAAAAUGACUUACGUGCAAGUAGACGGUAUGUUUGUGUAAUGGUAAAUAAACCUGACCACGUGAUGUAUUUGAGUGAGCUUUUCACGUCACUCCCGAAUUGUCUCGUGUGAGAGUGUAUUGUGCUUUACGUGUUAUGUGUAUGUGCUUUAUGCUGCGUGUAAAGAAGCAAAUGUCUACGUUUCUGAACUUUCCAUAUGGGUUACUCACUUGCAAGCUUUUAAAUCUUAAUAUUUCCCAAUUGGUGACUUUUUUUACAUCUGUAACUCAUAUAGGAGACUAAUAUUAAGGCUGUUUUGAACUCGAUUCCCAUGAUGAUGUGUUUUUGUAAUUUUGUGUUAAAAGAUUUUUCGUAAAUAAAAGACCCUCCACCUGCAA